AUGGCUCCUGUAACCUCCAUUCUCUUUGCCGCCCUUACUGCUGCCACACUGACGUCAUUAACCGAUGCUGCCGCCUCCUCCUCGCCCCCGUGGCUAGCCGCCGUCCCGCCACCGCCAUGCGUGGCGCCCCCGUCGGCGGUGGCGUUCCUCCGCGCGCGCUGCUCCGCCACGCCGUACGGCGUCGCCUGCUACGACGCCCUCGUCCCCUACGCGUGCACGUUCCAGACCAGCCCCGUCAAGCUCGCCCGCGCCGCCGCCGACGUCAACCUGGCCCGGCUCCGCGGUCUCUCCAUGCGCGUCAAGGAGGUGGUGGCAAGCCGCGGAAGUGCCGGCGGCGCUGGGGCCGAGGCGGCCGCGCUCCGCGACUGUGCCAGCACGGUGGCGUCGGCCGCCGGCCUGGCCAAACAGUCGGCGGCCGAGCUCGCCAAACUCGACGCCGCGGGAGCCGCCGCGGCGGGGAGAAACAGGGUCAGGUGGGCCAUUGCCAACGCGCAGACGUGGCUCAGCGCCUCCAUGGCGAACGAGGCGACGUGCGCCGACGGGAUCGCGGUGGCGGGCGCCGCCGCGUCGCUGGCUGCGAGGGAGGUGGUGAUAGGAGUUUUGAGCGCCAAGGAGCACACCACCAUUGCCCUCGCGCUCGUCAAUGGCAUACCGGUGCCGUCUUAA